AUGACCUCCGCACCCUCACAACAACCAAAAUUCCUCCCCACUCGCAAUGAGCUGGGAGUCGUCGCAGUCGGCUUCAGCGGCGGCCAGCCCAAAGCUGGUGUCGAUGCAGCACCCAUGGCCCUGAUUGAGAAUGGUCUGAUCAAGCAGUUAGAGGAAGAUUUGGAAUACAAGGUAACCUACGAUGGCAAAGUGCACAACUACUCGGAGAUGCGCCAGACAGACGACCCCGACUUCCGCGGCAUGAAGCAACCCAAGUUUGUAAGCGCAGUGACGCGCGAAGUCAGCAACCAAGUCUACAACCAUGCCAAGGAAGGCAAACUUGUCCUCACGCUUGGUGGCGACCAUUCUAUCGCCAUUGGAACCAUCUCAGGUACCGCCAAGGCGAUUCGCGAGCGGCUGGGACGCGAGAUUGCCGUCAUCUGGGUCGAUGCGCACGCCGAUAUCAACACGCCUGAGACAUCGGAUAGCGGAAAUAUUCAUGGCAUGCCUGUUGCUUUCCUGACUGGGCUUGCGCAAGAGAAGAGGGAAGAUGUAUUCGGCUGGAUCAAGGACGAGCACAAGCUCAGCUUGAAGAAGCUGGUUUACAUUGGCCUGAGAGACAUUGACAGGGGUGAGAAGAAGAUUCUCAGAGACCAUGGUAUCAAGGCUUUCUCCAUGCACGAUAUUGACAGGCACGGCAUCGGCAAGAUCAUGGACAUGGCCUUGGGCUGGAUCGGCAGCGACACACCCAUCCAUCUCUCCUUCGAUGUCGAUGCGCUGGACCCCAUGUGGGCACCCAGCACCGGCACACCUGUCCGCGGCGGUCUCACCCUACGUGAGGGCGACUUCAUCGCUGAAUGCGUUGCAGAAACGGGCUCGCUGAUUGCCUUGGAUCUUGUAGAAGUCAACCCCAGCCUCGACGAAGAAGGCGCGGGUGAUACCGUUCGUGCCGGAUGCUCGAUUGUUCGCUGCGCGCUGGGUGAUACCCUUUUGUAA